AUGGUUUUUUUAGAAGGAAAACACGUGCGUAUGUGCGUGGUAAAAAUAUUUUCCGAAAUCAGUAAUACAAUUAAGAAAUCACAUACGGACGUUGAAACUAAAGAAACAAACAUAACCGAUUCGAUAAUAUCGAGUUACGGUGUCGGUCCCACCGACGAUAAGGGCAGACCAUUGUUUGGUCUUCAAGCGUUGAGAAGGCAUAAGGGAAAAACGGAAACGGAUACGACCGAUUACUUACAAAAAGAACCACAAUCCCCGGACGAUAUUAAAGAUUCAUCUGGCAGAGCUUUUUUCGGUUUGAAUGCUUUGAGAGCUCCCAGAAAAAAUAUCGAAACAUUUGAUGAUACCGACUCUAAAUUUAAAGAAUUAACACUUAAUAACACAGACACUCGUUCAAACAUUUGUCGUGAUUGUUUGUAUAUGGAAAUGGAAACAGGAAAUGACAUAGUUGUUGUUGUUGUAGACGUAGACGUAGAAAUGUCGUCGAGCCCUCGUGAUUCUCCUCUGAGAACUAAAAAUUACGAGGAUGAUGGUGGUGAGGAUUUACAUCCGGAUGAUGUUGAUAGAAUUUUAUCCGAACCGGGUCAAUCAUUGAAAGACAUGAUUAAAAAACACGAACGUUUAUUGGAUGAUGACGAUUAUAAAACAACCGAAAAAACAUCAUCAUCAUCAUAUUCAACGAGCACGGUUGUUAGAUCUUCUGCUGUAAGAAGACCCGAUGGUACCGUUUCCGUUAAGAAAAACGUCAUAAGAGGAGAAACAACGUCUAAAAAUGAUGAAGAACCGAAAACGAGAGUCACGAGAGAAGAAUAUUCUUACGAAACUCCUGGUCAUGAACCGAUUGACAUCCUCGAUAUUGAUAGCGAAGAUGAAAAAUCAUAUAGAAGAAGAUCGAUUAAAUCCGUUACGAGCAGAUCAUCGACAACGGAUUCCGUUAAAGAUAGAUUCAGAAGCACAGUUUCGCCAACAUUGAAAACCACUCGUAAAACUCCAUCUCCAGAAAGAGGCUCACCCGAUCGAUACAUGGAUUCGCCAUCUCGUUUAUCGAACAGGACUCCAAUUGACGAUUACUCGAGAAGAAGAGAUGAUUUCGAUGAUAGAAGUCAAUCGUCUAGAAAAUCCAUAAGCGAUAGAUUAACACAAUUGUCAAAAAAAUUUUCAAACGAUUCCAUUGAUAGAAAAUCUGAUUUUAGAGAUACUAAAACGGAUACGCAAUACAGCACUUACGUAAGUAAAACUUCAAACACUUACAAAACUUCCGUCGAUGGAAUGUCUUCUCCAUCGAUUGAUUCUCACAGAUACGGAUUAGAAAAUGGAAUCCCAGAUAGAAAAUAUUCUUCUCCGCGAGAUGACGAACCAGGCUAUCGUCGAGGAUCAUCAACACCGAUUGAUGACGUCAAAGAAACAUUAUACCGUAAAUUUACGGGUACCGAUGAAACCGAGCAUCACAGCAUGCCUAGUUUCAGUAGAAUUGGAAAAGGAGGCUCCGUCAAAGCGUUAUCUCAAAAAUUCCAGCAAGCUGCAGCCGAGACACCCAAAACCGGGGUUUCAUCUUACCCAAAAGCGGGCCUGAUACUUCGGUCGACCAGCUUCAAGCACACGAAUGGUGAUUUAACAUCUCCAGAUUCACCAGGAUUCAAACAUUCGGCUUCGAUGGAAGUUAGAGUUGGAUCCCCCAGCAGAAGCGGUACGGAUUAUCCGAACGAAAGAGGACGCGGAGAUUCGGGACGCAGUUGGUCUCCUGGACACAGGGAUAGAUUGAGUGACGUUAACGAACGUCGUUACGUCACACAAACGACAGAAAUAAGAACGGAAAGUGGCGGAAAAUCAUUUCUUGGAAAUCCUUCAAAGGUGACCGGCGUGCAAGAUAUAAUAACUAGAAUGAGAGCAGCAGAUCAAGAUUCACUUGCUGACGACACAGCUAGCGAUACGGAAGCUCGAGCUCUUCUUAAUAAGUUUCUUGGAGCUUCCGUUAUGAUGUCUGGUAUGGAACCUUUGGUGAAAGCCUCCGGAGCUAAAAGUUCAACUUUAGUGUCUGAAGUUGAAAGACAAAGAAUAUUAGAUUCUCCGACCAGGGGUGAUUACAAGGAUUACAGCACCUCUAACGAUAAUAUCGACGAUAUUUGGGACGAAAAAAGAUUAAGACAGUUGACUACUUUAGAAUCCCGGUUGGCAACGGAACAAUCAUUAGAUUCUAAAACGAAAGACAAUUUAAUACAACUCGUUAUUCAAUUACAAAAAUCGUUAAAAAUGACACCUUGUUCCGAUGAGGGGAAAAUUUACAACGAAUCUUCUUCUUCCACUUCUAAUAAAAUGUCGAAUAGGAAAAGAUUUUUAAAUCGAAGGCUUUCGCGCCAAAAUAGGCACACGGUUGUUGUAACGACAAAAGAAUUAGCUGAUGCUAGGCGUUUAAUGGAAUCUAAUUCCGGUUAUCAGUAUAGUUCUUACGCUGUUUCAACUCCUUCCUUAAAUAAUCUUUCCAAAUCUACCGAUGAUGAUGAUGAUAGUCAUACUAAACCGGUGGUGGUUGAAUCUUCUUACGGUAUAAAAAAACAAAAAUCCGUUGGAGAUUUAUUAUUUGUCGAUAAUAAUUUAAUAAAUAACAAAACGUUCAGAUCCGUUAAAUUCGAUCCGGUUAAAAAUAAAUUUUUCGGUACGGUUUUGGGUAAUUCAGUUGCUAAACCUUAUCACAGUGUUUGGGACAUACCUUCCGAAACGGAAAAAUCAAAUUUCGGUCGCGAGAAUCCGACGAAAGGUUCUGAUAAAAUAAAUUUCAACCGAAACGAAAUUUCUGGAAAGGAGGAUGCCGAUGAAAUAAAAAGUAAAAAAAUAAAAAAUUCAACGAGUAUUAGUGAUUGUGAUAAUCGUUUAAAUAAUACUUUAAAAUCUAAUAAACCUGUGAUAAGUGGUAGCAGACGAUCGUCAAAAGAAAAUAAAUAUAAAAAAGAUGGGAUGAGCACGACGGAAAGUAGCGAGUCGACGAUGAUGACGAGUAGCGACGACGAAUCAUCUUCGAGUGAUGAAAAUAAUGAAAAAAAAUCCAAUAUAAAAUCACCAUCAUUUAAAAACAAAACGGGAAAAAGAUUAAGUAGUAAUAAUAAUAAUAAAGAAUAUACAAAUAAUGAAAUAAUGAAACGGACGACGGGAAAUAAUCAUUCGAAUAAGGAAAAUUUUAUAAUAAACAAUGUCGAAAGACGAAUACAGGAAAUUCAAAAUGAAAACAAACAUCGUAGCAGGCCCAAAGGAAGAUCGAUCGAAGAAUUGGAAAAAGCUUACAGAGAACGAAAAGCUUUGGAUGCUGCGGAAAAUAAAAAAAAAAUUAAAAAUCAAAUUUUACAUUCUAAUGAUGAUUCGACGACGCGACGACGACAAACAACAACCGAUUUAAAAUCUAAACCUGUGACGAAAGACUGGAAUCAUACUGGAGGAGAAAUGGCGAGAGAUGUUUCGCGUACGGAAAGCGAAAUGUCGAUAUCAUCAACGAGUACGGAAAAUAGCAUUUGUCACGCACAAAAACUAUUGAAAAUGGCAAAAUCGUGUGAUGGCGUCACCGGAAAUGAUGACGAGAAAUCAGCGAAUAAUUCACAAUCGUCGAGUUCGAAUAUAAUAUGGAGAAAAGAUCAUCAAAAUCCGACGAAUCGUUCGAUACAAGAUUCGAAAUAUUCAUCACCCGAUCAAUGGGAAAAUAGAUUUAAUAAAAUAAAAACGGCUUUCGAAAAUGUUGACGUCAUCAAAGAUGAUGACGUUAAAUUUGGACAUCGGACUACUGCUAGAGUGAAAAGUCCGAAAUUUUUAUCGAAAAGUGCCGAUAGUUCUUCGACGGAUUUAAAAUUUAAUGAUAAAAUAAAUCGUGAAAAUAGUUUCGUAAAUAAAUUACUACUGAAUCGGAAAAACUCUCUGGAAAAUUCUGUUAAAUUACCGUGGGCUAAUGCGACGAGUGACGGUGUGAUUGUCGGAUCGUUGACGGUUUGCCCGGAAAAAUCGAAAAUGAAUUAUUUUCCUCCUAUUUCUCCUCAACCCGUCAAUCAAUUCAGGCACGCUCCCAUGUCGGCUUUUAAACCCGUUCAAAAAAAAUCAGAGACUCGCGGCGUGGAAAAUCAACAGAAAUUUAUUUUCAACGAACCUUCCAAUCAGCACAAGGUCAAAUUUGAUCCUUUCGCUCGGGAAAAUUCAAAUGAUAAUAAUUAUCCAAUUUUACCCUGGAUAAAAAACAAUGAAGUCGCUCAAUGUGAAAAUUCCGUUAAUUCGACUCUGGCCAAAUUCGAAAGUUUGUAUAGUUCCGCACAUCGAGUGCACACCCCUCAAAUCCUAGGUCCAGGUAUUGCACCUUUGCUAUUUAAAUCUCCUAGUCAGCCAUCUUUGAUUCAGUCUAAGGCCAAAUCGUUCACGCCGUCUUAUCCAAAUGUUAAAUACACCGAACCUAAAGUUAACCAAAUGAAUUUUUCUUCCGAUGAACCUAUUCUCCGGUACGAUGCUCCAUCGGUAAAACAAAAAGCACAAAAUUUUCAAAAUUCAUUUUUGAGUAUAGGCCCCGUGAAAUGUCCGAAAAUUUCAGAACCUAAAAAGGAAUCAUUUAAACCCAUAACCACAUACAGCGUUGACGUUGCGGCAACAUCAACCGUUUAUCCCAACAGCGAUGAUAGUUCCGUUGAAAAUGGUUAUUCUCCAUUACCUGCACGACCCGAAAGUCCUUCCACUCCUGAAGAACAAAUAGCCGUGAGUAAAAUUAUGGGUUCCGCGAAUCAACAGCAAGCUGUGACAAUCAGACAGAAAACUCAAUGGCGAGAUGACGAUAGUAAAUUUUCAGCCGUUAAAAAUUUAACGAACAGUCUGCAAAAAUUAACGACGAGUCCUUCGGAACAAAAAGAUUUACUUUCUCCUAAAAAACCACCCUCUACCCUAAGUUCAUCUUCGAAUACGUCACCUCAAAGAUCUCCUCUUCUUCCUCCGAAGCUACCCACGGGCAAGUUUUCGCCUAGUUCCCUAACACCCACCUCGACAAGUGUCGCAAGCGUAGACGAUAACAAUCAUAAUUCGUUGUAUCAAAAUAAUAAAAGUCCCGGUGAACCCUUUAAACCCACAUUUCCGGACAAAAUAAUCACGAGCAAGCCGUUGGGUAAAAGACCAUCAUCUGCAGAAUCAUUGAUAACAAAUUCCGACGAAAUCUUAGACAAAGAAGAUGAUGGUGUGAUUAUAUCGAGGAUACAAAUUCCACACUGUUUUACCGUUGGAACAAGUCCGUCUUCCGUUUCUCCCAUGAACGUGUCACCAUCUAACGGACGCAUGCAUUCUCCGGAUACGUCACAUUUUUCGUCGUAUUUACAAAAAUCAGAAUCGUGUCAUCAGAUGAACGGUCCGAUAAAAGGCAGACGACCGCAAAGUUUAAUAAUACCGAAUCAACCCGAUUUCAACAAUGGUCAACCCGCACUUCCAAGAGUAUCAUUAAAUCCUUUGUUAAAGACAAAAUCUAGUCACUCGCUAGGAAUAGGAGGAAAACAAUUCGAAGCUUUCAUUAAUCAAAAUUUGGUUGAAAGCAAACAAAAAACGGUUCAAGAAUAUUUUUCUAUGAAAAAUUCAACAUCCAAAUCGAAUAAGAUGAAAAAAAAAGUUUCGAACGGUUCGUCGUCAUCGACCCUUGAUCUCGAUUACAAUUUGGACAACGUGGACGAAGCUUUCGAUGCACUUUUUUCCUCGGUUACGACGGAUAAAAAUGAUGGUAAAUCCGUUAGAUCGAAAGAGGGAAAACAAAUAAUGAAAAGCAUGUCGGCUGCUUCUCUCGUUUCUCAAGGGAGAAAUGGCGGGAACAAGUAA